AUAUAAACCGGCUGGAAAGGCGAAGCCAACCUAACCCAAAACUAUAUACUAAAACAGAGUCCUCCGAAGUGGCCGAGUACGAACGGUGGUGCUGCAUAAAAGUCGACGGCUCGAUACUUUGCUGGAUGAGAGACACGCCUUUCGAGCGGCCACCGAAAACCAACAGCUCGAAUACUCCGGGCCCAAGGAUCGACAUAGGAAACAUGCGGUUGUGCUUAUUGACCAAGUGAACUACCACUACCUGCAUACAAUAUAUAUACACCGUCAGCACCAGCUCUCCCGACUAACCGAAAACAUCUGCAUCGGCGAGUGCCAAGGAACAACCGCGAAGGGCGAGUCCAAUAAGACCAUCCAAUCCUAACAAUCCUUCACCUUCUUUCAAUGCAUUAAAAAAGAGCAAAGACACAUAAAGAUUCCGAAUCUAAUUUUAAAGUAGUCUCCGUGUCCGAUCGCGAAUCCAAUCUAUUUCUUUCUCUCUAAUUCUAUACGCUGCAUUUGCCGCUUCCUCCUUUUCCCGUUAUCCCUCUAUACAAAAUUUAAAAAAACCCGUAUAGUGGGACCUUCUUUUUGUCUGUUAAAUCCAGCAAAGAAACUUUGAUACAAAGAUGGCGCACCUAGUCACAGAGAUCAUCGACAAGUACCAUGACAUCCUAGACAACAAAAGUGAUCCGAGGGUGAGCGAUUGGCCGAUGAUGUCCAGUCCGAUCCCGACGUUGGCGAUUUGCAUGUUCUACGCCUAUUUUUCCAAAGUGCUGGGACCAAAGAUUAUGGAAAAUCGGAAACCGCUCAACCUGAGGAACGUCCUGAUCGUCUACAACUGCGUCCAGACCAUAUUCAGCGCUUGGAUAUUCUACGAGUACUUGAUGAGCGGAUGGUGGGGCAGCUACAGUUUCAGAUGCCAACCUGUGGAUUACUCAACAAGUGAUAUGGCCAUGAGGAUGGCGAAUACGUGCUGGUGGUACUACUUCUCCAAAUUCACCGAGUUCUUCGACACGCUCUUCUUCAUCCUGCGGAAGAAGACCAGCCACGUGUCCACUCUGCACGUCAUCCAUCACGGCUGCAUGCCGUUCUCCGUCUGGAUGGGAAUGAAGUUCGCACCAGGUGGUCACAGCACGUUCUUCGCAUUGCUCAACACCUUUGUGCACAUCGUCAUGUACUUCUACUAUAUGAUAGCCGCGAUGGGUCCGAAGUACCAGAAGUUCAUCUGGUGGAAGAGGUACCUGACCACCUUCCAAAUGGUUCAAUUCGUUGCAAUCUUCACGCAUCAAUUCCAAUUGCUCUUCACCGAGUGCAAUUACCCGAAGAUCAUCAUGGUAUGGAUCGCGCUUCACGGCGUGAUGUUCCUCUUCCUCUUCUCCGACUUCUACAAGGUCAAGUACAGGAAGGAGAAGCCCGACAAGAAUUCCGGCGCAUGCAUGCCGGUGCUGGACGACGAGAAGCAGUCGAAGAACGGCAAGCACGCGCGCAACGGCUCCUUGAGCAGCUCCUACGUGCAGACAGAAUUCUCCAAAGCCUAUCAACCGUGCUAUUCCAACGGCGUGAACAACGGCUUCGUCAGUCAAGAGGUAAAGCACCGCAACGGCAGGAAGAUCGAAUGAUGAGUUCCAGAAGAAAGAAGGAAAGAAAUAAGGAAGAAAGAUGAAGAAGAAGAAAAAAACUAUUAAUAUUAUGUUGUUGUUAUUUUCGUUUUAGUUCUCUUUUUAAACUCUCUUUUUACUUUCUCGAACGGGAUUACUACAUGAUCUUUUAAAUUAAUUUAUAUAUUUAGGUAGAAUUGGUGGAAGCAUAGCGCAAAUCCAUUAUUAUUUUGUAUUAUUAUUUGUUUUCAUUCUUUCAAUUAAAUUGAUAAAAGAUGAUUAAGAAAAAAAAAACACACACACAAAAAGCACACAGUCAUAUAAAACACACAAACGAGAUAAAAAAAACAAAAAAUUAAAAUAACAUCGAACAAUCGGUAACAGCGGCAAAAACAAAAUAAAGAAAUCUCUCACUCAGGGGCCUGUAAAUCUUU